GGCUGCUGGUGGGCCAUUAGGUCCUAAGCUGGGGUCCCCAUUAACGAAGAGUUCUGAUUGCAGUUCUGACAGGGAAAAGGCUGUAGGGAUCUCUAGUUGUGGUCUCUGCCUUGGUAUUUGCACAGGUGUUUGCUCUGGAACGUAAUUUCAGAGGCCACCUGGGUUUUUUUCCCCCAGUGUCCUAACUGUCGCGUGACGGAACAGGAAGGGACGAUGUUCAGCCUCCUAAUCGACCCUCUCCUGCCCUGGUAGAGCUUUCCCUGCCCAGCAGUGGUGGAGGAGUACAAGGCCAUGGGACUGAACCCCACAGGGGCAGGGACUCAGGGAUUCGACCCCAUUCCUGGGCUGGCAUUUCUGCAAGUCCCUGGGUACCAAACCCCAUUAUGGCCUUGUUGACCUCUUCAGGCAGCCCUCAGAGGCAGGCCUCGCCACUGCCCGUUCUAGGUGGACCUGGGUCGCAGUGCACCAGAGAAGCUAGGGGUUGUUUUUCCUUUUGAGCUGGUGCUUGUGUGACACGUCAUCAGGGUAAGGAUUUGCACCCGGAAAACUGCCCUCAGCUGUGCUGUGUUGUGUCUUCGGUGGCCUCAGGGGUUACAUUUUCUGGUGCCUAAGGGUUCACUGGAAGGUCUAUGUGCGAUGGUACAGGCGACCCUUGAACAACACAGGGAUUGGGGUACCCAUCCCCAUGCAGUCCAACUGCCACAUACAACUUUUGACUCUGAAAACUUUAUUGUCAAUAGUCUGCUGUUGACUGGAAGCCUUACCGAUGACAGAAACCACUGGGUGACACGUGUUUUGUGUAUGUCACAGGUCAUGUUCUUAUAAAGUAAGUUAGAGAAAAAAAUGCUGCCAAGGAAAUCCUGAGGAAGGAGAGCACAUUUGUAGUAUGGUACUUAUCCAAAACAGUGUCACGUGUAAAUGGCCUGGUGUACUUCAAACCCGUGUGGUUUGAGGGUGAGCUGUAUUUACCCCCCUUGUGGGGCAAGAAAGUGUGCUGCACACAGCAGGGGCGGGGUAGGUACUGGAGCAGCUGUCCCAGGAUGACUCUGUGGAAUCCACGUGUGGGAACGCUCACGACAGUGGCCAGAGCGUUCUAGGCCCUCUUCCCUGAGCCCUGAAGCCAUUGUGCCCACAGAAGUGUCAUUCUCCUGGAAGGUCUGUGGCAUGUCGUGCCCCAUAGUCUGUGUGCCUCUAGCAGGAGUCACGGCCAGGACUUGUAGGACAGGCUGGGUCCCUGCUGUGUUGCUGAGUCACCAAGCACCGAGGGUGCAGACCAGACCCUUUGUUGAGUGGGACCGUGGCCAUUUUCUUUCCGUUUUUUUUUUCUUUUAAUUUUUUUCUUAACGUUUAUUUGUUUUUGAGAGACCGAGACAGCGACAGAGCACAAGCAGAGGAGGGGCAGAGAGAGAGGGAGACACAGAAUCCGAAGCAGGCUCCAGGCUUCGAGCUGUCAGCACACAGCCGGACGCGGGGCUCGGACUCACAAACCCUGAGAUCAUGACCUGAGCCGAAGUCGGACACUCAACCGACUGAAGCCAAACGCCAAUGUCUAGCGAUGGAUGACGACAGCCUGGACGAGCUUGUGGACCGAAGCCCAGGGCCAGAUGGACGCUCGCGACUCAACCCUGCUGUCCUGGCCAGCAGCGCUGAAGACAGCGGUGACGGCAGCAGUGGCAGCUCUGAGGAGGACACGGGCAGUGAGCGCAGCUACAGCACCGAUGGAGAGGACGAUGGAGAGGACGAGGAGGGCGGUCUGGAGGACCAAUCCGGUUCUGAAGAUUCUGAAGAAGAAGGAAGAGAAGAAGGAGGCUUGGAAACGUUAGUGGCAGUGGCGGAUACUCAGGGGACGUUGGAAGCCAAUGGCGCAUUUAAUUCUGAUGACGAUUCCGAGAGCUGCCCAAUUUGUCUCAACGCUUUCCGGGACCAGGCCCUGGGGACACCGGAGAACUGUGCCCAUUAUUUCUGCCUGGACUGUAUUGUGGAAUGGUCCAAGAAUGCCAAUUCCUGUCCAGUUGAUCGAACUAUAUUUAAAUGUAUCUGUAUUCGAGCUCGGUUUGGCGGUAAAAUCUUGAAGAAGGUUCCGGUGGAAAACGCCAGAGCCGGCCGGGAUGAGGAGGAAGACCCCACCUUUUGUGAAGUGUGUGGCAGGAGCGACCGGGAGGACCGGCUGCUUCUCUGCGAUGGCUGCGACGCGGGGUACCACAUGGAAUGUUUGGACCCUCCUCUCCAGGAGGUACCAGUGGACGAGUGGUUCUGUCCCGAAUGUGCUGCCCCUGGGGCUGCUCCCACCGCUGAUGCAGGUCCCGUGAGUGAGGAGGAGGUCUCCCUGAUCUUGGCUGACGUGGUGCCCACCACCAGCCGGCUUCGGCCUCACGUGGGGAGGACCCGUGCCAUUGCCAGGACACGACAGAGCGAGAGAGUCCGAGCGACCGUGAACCGGAAUCGGAUCUCCACCGCCAGGAGAAUCCAGCAUGUCCCACGGUACCUCAUGUCUUCUCUGCUGGAUGAGACCAUUGAGGCUGUCGCUGCCGGUCUGAGCACUGCCGUGUACCAGCGCCCCGUGGCGCCCCGAGCCCCCGCAAAACGCAGGAGGAGAGCAGGAAGACGGAAGAAGGUGUCAGGAAGAAGGAAGACCCAGUCCAGGUCGUCUGUGAAGAGCAGGGGCUCCGGGACGAGGUCUAAGAAACGCCAGGGUCGUGCCAAGAAGAGAAAAGGGAAGAGGUCAAAGAAUGAAGCCACAGCUCGGUCCCGCAUUGCACGGACGCUUGGCCUCCGGGGUCCCGUCCGCGGGGCCUGCACCCCGUCAGUGCACAAGCCUGCGGACCCCUCUCUGGGGCUGAUGCGUGCAGACAUCGGGGUGGCCACUCUGUCGCUCUUCGGAGACCCCUAUGAGCUGGACCCCUUUGACAGCGGCGAGGAGCAGUCUGCGGACCCUGCUUCCCCUUUGAGUGCCAAGAGGAGGGUUCUGUCCCAGUCGGCACUGCGCUCUCACCGGCCCGUGGCCAGGCCCGUGUCCGUGGGGCUCUCCAGGAGGAGCGUUCCCGCUGCGGCGCCUGAGCCAGAGGUGGACGAGGCCCCCGUCCCAGACCUAGUGGGGAGCAUCCUGUCGGGCCAGAGCCUCCUGAUGAUGAACGGUGCAGACAUCACCAUCCACCGGGACGGCUCCCUCAGUGCCAAGAAGGCAGCACCCGUUUCCUUUCCGAGAAGCUCAGGCGCUCCACCCCGAGGGGGCAGAGGCCCCGGGGCCUGCCUGCUGCCCGGAGCACCACGCUCCGGCAGCGGGCUCCAGAGUGCGGGGCUGCGCUGCCACGGCGGUCCCACCCCCUCCUGCGUCCCCGCUCUCACCCCAGCGGCAGCCGUGAGACUGGACUCCUCUGUGACCCCUCCGUCAGGUCAGGCUCAGAACCUGUCAAACGUAAGCAGGCCUGGCUUAAAGCACGGUGACGCCCCUGGAUGUGAUGGCGACAGCAGGCACGCUCGGCCCCUUAGUUCUGUGUCCUCUAAGACCUCGGGCAGCUGCUCUCACUUGCCGCGUGCCAGUGCGCUGCAGGGACAGGCCGCGAAGCCAGCUCCCAGGAGGCCCAGCAUCUCAGAGCUACCCAGGAUACCGAAGGUCAGAAGGGAGGACGGUGGCGGCCGGCGGGCGGAUGCGGCCCCCACCAGUGAGCAGCGUGUGGAGAUCCCCAGCUCCUGCAUCAGCCGGCUCACGGGCAGGGAGGGCCCCGGGCAGCCCAGCCACGGCGCCCGUGCAGAGGGCGAGCCCAGCAGCAGGGGCCCACAAGAGCCUGGCACACACUCAGGGGGUGGAUCCCAGUCCCCCGCCACGCUGGGACCCUCAAAGGGGAAGGGUGUCAGCUCGACCUUCGAGAGCUUCAGGAUCAAUAUUCCCGGGAACACGGCACAUUCCGGCAGACUCUCUAACCCCGGCUUUUGUAACACGUUCCGGCCUGUCGACAAUAAGGUGCAGAGGAAAGAGAACCCCGCUCCCCUCUUCUCCAUCAGGAAGGCCAAGCAGCUCAAGAGCGAGAUCUACGACCCCUUCGACCCCACAGGCUCUGACUCCGGUUCUGCCGGCAGCAGCCCCGAGCGCCUGGGCUCUGGCCUCCUGCCCUCUGAGAUCACGCGCACCAUCUCCAUCAACAGCCCAAAGGCGCCGGCGCUGCAGACCGUGCGCUGUGUCACCUCCUACACGGUGGAAAAGGUCUUCGGGACGGAGCCUGAGUCCCCUCGCGGGUCCUCCGCCAGCGCACUCGAGCUCCGGGGCGAGGGGGCUGCCGAGGGUUCCUCCAACCUGGAGCGCGAGGGCCAGGGCGCAGCCUCCAGGGCGCAGAGGCCAUCCCCCCCAGAGCCGUGGGAGGACAGGGACCAGCUGCCCUGCAGUACCUUCUUUGGCUCCGAGGAGCGGACGGUGACCUGCGUGACCGAUGUAGAGCCGGGGGCACCACCCAGCCCAGGCGCCCCGCAGACAACUACCCACAGGGUCGUGGAGCUGAGGCCCCCAUCCUGCUCCCGCUCCACAUCCAGCUCCCGUGGCAGGAAGAAGGCCAAGAGGAAGCGGGCUGAGGCCAGGGAGCACAGGAGGACCCGCUCCGGCUCCCGCUCAGGUUCCCGCUCUGGGGAGAGGAGCUCACGGUCGGUGUCUCCACCGGUGGGUGAAGGGCACCCCAAGAGGCAGCAGCCCAAGGCCCGGGGCCGCAGGUCCUCCAGUGACCACUCCAGCAGCCACGAGCGAGCCAAGCGGAAGAAGGUGAAGGAUGAGGGCAGGAGGAGGAGGAGGGACUCUUGGGGACGCGGCCGGCGGCGGUCACGGUCCCGGUCCCGCUCAGGCAGCCCCGGCAGCUCCUCCCAUGAACGCAGGGAGAGCAGGAGGAGGAAGCGGAGGCGGUCGGGGUCCAGGUCUCGGGGGAGGGAGUGCUCCCCCCCCAGCAGUCUGGAGAGGGCCCGGAGGCACCGGCACACAAGGGAGCGGAGCCCCCGGGAGAGGAGCCCUCGGGAGCGCCCCCGCGUCAGGUGGAGCUCCCGGGAGCGGAGGAAGCGCAAGUCCGGGUCUCCACGGUCGCCGAGCACGGAGCACAGGUCCCGGGAGCACCAACGGCCUCGUUCCCAUGAGAAGCGGCCGAGGCCUCGCUCUCCAGAGAGGAAGUUGGUGCCCCCUCCCCAGGAGGAGCAGAAGCCCGACAGGGAGCAGCCGGCCAAGCCACUGGUCUCCGUGGGAGCAGACGCCUCUCCAGCAGGGGCCGAGGCCCACAAGGAGGCCCCGGAUGUGCCCGCGGAAUGUCCACCCGAGGACCUUGAUUACGGAGACUCUGUCGAGGCCGGGCACGUCUUUGAGGAGUUUUCAAGUGACGCUUUCUUCCUGCAGCUUGAUGACAUGAGCUCUCCGCCCUCCCCAGAGAGCACAGAUUCCUCCCCAGAGCGAGACUUCCCACCCAAUCCAAUGGUGCCCCCAGCCAGCCAGCAGCAGGACCCUGCCCUGGUGGCUGUCAUCAGACGAGAGGUGGCACUGAUCCACGAUGACGAGGCUGCGCAGCCCCUGCCCCAGGCACAGGGCCCCCAAGAGAAACCCUUGCUCCAGCAGGAUGCUGCUGGGGCUGCCACGGCGCCUGGCACCCUGGGAAGCCAGGCUGGGGUCGGGGUGCCUGCGGGGAAGGAGGAAGGCGCCUCUCAGACCCCCUUGCUGCGGGCAAAAGCCCUAGUGAAGAGAGUCACCUGGAACCUGCAGGAAGCGGAGAGUGGUGUCCCUGCCGAGGAGCGAGGCCUGCGGACGCCGCUCCACAGGCCUCAGAAGCUCCGGGAGGGGGCCUGGGAAACAGAAGACGUGGGGCCCUCGGUGGUGUUCCAGCAGGCAUCCUUCUCUGAGCCACCUGCCCCUGGCUAUGCACAUGCAGAGUCUGGCUUCCCGGACGCCGAGCCCUCUCAGGUUUAUACCCCCAACCUGCCCACCGCCCCGGCUCUCCCUUUGAGUCUCCCGCCCUACGUGCCAGCCAGCCAGCCCACGGUCCAGUUCACCCUGCAGGGGAGCCUCCCGCUGGCGAGCGGUGGGGUUGCGCAGAGCCCAGCCCCGGCGCCCACUGCCCCGACCAUGGCUUCAGAGCCAGCCGGCCACGCCACUGUCGCUGGCAACUCCGAGGAGAGAGCAGCUGCUCCCAGGCCUGCCGCGGAGAAGGCCAAAACCGAGGAGUACAUGAAGAAGCUGCACACACAAGAGCGGGCGGUGGAGGAGGUGAAGCUGGCCAUCAAGCCCUUCUAUCAGAAGAGGGAGGUGACAAAGGACGAGUAUAAGGACAUUCUCCGCAAGGCAGUGCAGAAGAUAUGCCACAGCAAGAGCGGGGAGAUCAACCCCGUGAAGGUGGCCAACCUGGUCAAGGCCUAUGUGGACAAGUAUAGGCACAUGCGCAGACACAGGAGGGCUGAGGCCGGCGAGGAGGCACCCCCCCAGGGCACCGAGAGCUGAGCCGGGCACAGAGCAAGGGGGCACCAGUCCCCAUCCCGGAGCCACUCUGUUGGGAGAGGCAGGAGCAGACAACUCUGGAGACAGCCAUCACUCCUGUGUUCAGGGUUCCUGUGACCACACGUGGUCUGUGCCCCUGUCUUGCUCACAGUUCAAAACUGGACUUUUUUAUAUGUAUAUUAUAGAUACACACUGUUUCCAUGGUGUUCUAAUUUAUCAAAAAUGGAUUAUCUUUAGAAACUUCUUGAUUGACUCAGUAUUUGAAAGGUGAAGCCUUUGGGAUCAGGAGGGGCCAGGGGAAUGCAGGGGGGCUCCCCGACCCAGCUCACAGAUGGCCUCAUUUUAUUUUCCAUCCUAUUAGGGGAAGGCUCUUCCCACGUUUUCUGUUUGAUGUUCUGUAAAUGACGUGGUUUGCUCCCUCCCAUGGGGCAGAGCACGGUGUUGGUGGAUCUGGAAGGCAGGAGAGCCCUGCACACGGCACAGAGUCGGCCAUUCACGCGUCCCCCUCCCCAGCACACCUGGCAGGAGCAAACACCUGCUGUCCCCAGAGCAUUUUGUAUUCUGAGUAGAGUUUGUUGGCUCUGAA